AUGGAGGUCGUCGGGUUGAUUGCUAGCAGCGUCACGCUGUUAGAGGUGUCUCUCAAAACAGUCGGCUUUUUCCAGGAAAUGGCCACGGUCCAGGACGAUUUCCACUGCCUACAAGAAGUGGCAGCCGACAUCGACUCCAUCGUCCAAGCUUUCCGUUCCAUACCAUGCCUAUUCGCCGAAGGCUCUGGUUUACCCCAGGUCGCCGAACCAAUAUUGAUUGCCCGGGCAAGAUCACAGUUGGAACAUCUCAAGAAUGAGAUGGGCGAAAUCAUAAGGAAUUGCGCGCGGAGUUCGGACAGCGACGGCAGUUCGAAAGCGAAGAAGCGGAGGUGGAUGCUAAUACGAAAUCGGAUCCCCAAGCUGCUCGAGAGGGCCCGCGAUGCACGGUCGAACUUCCAACUUGGAAUGAAUUUUCAGUUGGUGACCAUAGACGCACUUCGUGUCGUCAGAGAACAGAGAGCAAAUAUGGAGGUCAAGGCGUUGGUCCAACAGCUCCGAUCGAUACAACUCGCUCAUUCAGACGAACAAGGAGAGGUAGAGGAGCUGCAAGUGGAAAAAGAAGAAGAGGAUAAGGAUGAAGAUUCAGGGAGAGAAAUCGCACAGCAUUCCAGUUCCGCAGCUCCAAGCAUCCGCGGCAUGGAUGAAAUGGGCGUUGAACAGUCGUAUCCCAUUUGCCGAACUGAAACAUCAGUCACAAAUUGGGCCAAUGGAGAGUCAACAUUGCCGCUGUCAAACCAAACGGCACUGGAACCGCUACCAGGCACCGGUCUGGCUCCGGCCGAUAAUUGGGACGUGGGUGGUGCACCAUAG